AUGAAACCGUUUCUGCGCCAGCAGAUUUCCGACGAACACGCCGUCCAGAACAAAAAGCUAGACGGUAUCUUGAGGAGGAUCGAGUCGCUGGAGAAGGAAAUGAUGUCCAACUUUGAACGACUGCUAAUUGACAUAGACAAAGUGGCGGACGAAACGUCGACGCAGAACACGGCGAGCAAAUUCGAAAGUUACAUGCAGGCGAUCAACAAAACCUUUGAAGACCUGGUGUCCAAGAAGAAGAAGGUCAACCGGUACGAGCUCAACUUGGACAAUCAUUUCAAGAGCGACAUCGACUAUUACAAAAACCAGCUAGACACCUACAAGACCAAGCUCGAAGUGAUCUUACAGGACAAGGAGAUAUCACUCGACUUUCUCGAGAAAUUGAAGAGCAAGGCCAACGUGUGCGCCGACAAAAUGACGCAAAUACAGCUGCUCGCGGGCUUUCAAGCGCUGUACGUCGACACCGUGAGCCGAUAUCUGAUAGGGAAGCACAUCGUCAUUUCGCUCUGGGAGUCUGCAGACAGAAUGAGACACUACGACAAGAAGAGAGAGCUGAACUACAACGUGCGCAACGAUCUCAUCAAGUACACCAGGCGAUUUCGGCAUCUCAUGAACACGUCGUCCGGCGAGUUUCAGUUGUGCGGCAAACCUUCGUCGGAAUACUUCAUACACAGCUUGGCAGAUCGAACGCGCAACUGUUACCAGACUGAGGAGAUGUCCGAUAAUUUCUAUAAGAUCAUAUCCCACACUACCUCUCGCAGACGCUGUUGGGAUUAUCUGAGCUUGCGACCCGCUACUGCCAGAUAUGGAUAUGUCGUGCUCGGAGCUAAAAUUGAACGCAACGCCAAUAUACUUUACCUCAAGGUCAUCGAAGGCAGAUUACUGGCGGAUGGGAUUAUAGAUCCAACGUCGAUCGUUUACAACGAAGGCGGCGAACCUGAAAUUGGGGAGCAAGUAGUCAAACUGGAUUACCGCGACACGAUUUUCGACAUAACGGAGACAAUAACACCCAACGAUCGCAUUAUCACUGGACUGAAAUUUGAGCGAACGGACGACAUGCGACUUUAUCUUGCGGUUCAGUCUACCUGGUUCGACUUGGAUGAGGAUGCUCUCAUCGCAAGCUCCACGAGAACUGAACCUCAUCAGAAGGGAUUGACUCAGUUCAAAGUGAGGUCACACGACCAUCGAAAUGAUCCGAUCAUCAAAAACGACAUCGGACUGCAGCUGAUGAACGAGAGUUAUUUCCUGAAGUUCGAGAUGGGUGGCAAAUUACAAAUGCACCCGGCCUUCGAUCUCAGCGAAAUUUUCCCGACCCCACUGACGCUGCUAUCCGGUGCAAGCCUCUACGUCAGAGAGGUCGAGGGCACACAGGGUUACUUGUCGAUCAGACUUCACAUCUUCAACGUCAUGCCUCGCUCGGCUAAAAUUGAUUUCGAGGUCAACGAUGACUUUUCAGAUGUUUUGAAUAACAUUUGAACGCCAGACAUCAGAAUUUAAAUGCUUUCGUUAAAGACUUUUUUCAUUAAUCAGCGAUUUUUGCGAUUUCUGGUUUUACCCUUCACUUUUUCCGAGUACUUUUCCGCUCGAUUUAAGGGAUGAAUAAGACCACUUGUUUUUCGCAGUCAUUCCAAUUUAUACUAGCCGCCAUUGCGCGCUUCGACUGUCGGGAUUGCGAGCAUGGUGGGAAAGUUAGACAAGUGGUCGUGGGCUCAACUCGUAGCCUAUCGCGUAUAGUAUAGUUCCGCUUGGACAACGCCUUCGAUCAAUUAACAUAGGCCGCCACUAUGAACAAUUGUGAACAAUCCAACAUUUUCUACAA